AGUGACCCUAUCGUCGUCCUGCUCCUAGGGCGCAUGUGCAACCCGGUGUGAGUGCGGCCUAUCGAUUUAAUCUAUUACGUUACACCGUAAAUUGGAAGCGGUGGAGACAGCUUGAACGUCUUCUCAGUUACCGAGGCGGUUUGGGCAUCUAGGCGGCCAGCCAUGGAGGCGGCUUAUUAUAGCCCCGAGCACUCAGAUGAUGGGGGCGCAACCCCAGUGCAAGAUGAACGAGAGUCGGGCUCUGAUGAUGAAGGAAAUAAUGAGCAUCAUGGAUCAGAAGGUGAAAGUCCAAGUAGAUAUGAGAAUGACAACAGUGAUGCUGAAGAAGUACACAAACGUCAAGGCAGUGGUUCAGAUAAUGAAGUCAAUGAUUCAGACGAUGAUGAACGCAGGCCACACAACUCCAGUGAUGUGGAGGAUGACAGUUUUAAUCGCAAUGCUAGUGACUCUGAAACUGAAGGGGCUCAUAAUCAUGUUGCUAGUGAUUCAGAGGAUGAGGCACCCCAACAGAAAGAUAGUGAUGAUGAUGAUGAUGAUGGCAUGCCUGUUAAAGGUGCAGCAAGUGACUCUGAAGAAGAGGUACGAUCUAGACCUUCGGCCAGUGAGUCUGAUGAGGAUAGACCUACCAAAAGAAAGUUAAAAAAGAACAACUCAGAGGAUGAGGACCCUGUCAGGCAUGCAGGCAGUGACUCUGAGGAUGAGACUCCUAAGAAGCAUGCAGGCAGUGACUCUGAAGAUGAAGCUCCUGCCAAGCACGUGGCCAGUGACUCUGAAGAUGAAGCUCCUGCCAAGCGCGUGGCCAGUGACUCUGAAGAUGAAGCUCCUGCCAAGCGCGUGGCCAGUGACUCUGAAGAUGAAGCUCCUGCCAAGCGCGUGGCCAGUGACUCUGAAGAUGAAGCUCCUGCCAAGCGCGUGGCCAGUGACUCUGAAGAUGAAGCUCCUGCCAAGCGCGUGGCCAGUGACUCGGAAGAUGAAGCUCCUGCCAAGCGCGUGGCCAGUGACUCGGAAGAUGAAGCUCCUGCCAAGCGCGUGGCCAGUGACUCGGAAGAUGAAGCUCCUGCCAAGCGCGUGGCCAGUGACUCGGAAGAUGAAGCUCCUGCCAAGCGCGUGGCCAGUGACUCGGAAGAUGAAGCUCCUGCCAAGCGCGUGGCCAGUGACUCGGAAGAUGAAGCUCCUGCCAAGCGCGUGGCCAGUGACUCGGAAGAUGAAGCUCCUGCCAAGCGCGUGGCCAGUGACUCGGAAGAUGAAGCUCCUGCCAAGCGCGUGGCCAGUGACUCGGAAGAUGAAGCUCCUGCCAAGCGCGUGGCCAGUGACUCGGAAGAUGAAGCUCCUGCCAAGCGCGUGGCCAGUGACUCUGAGGAUGAGAGACCUGUUAAGCGCUCGGCUAGACGUGCUAUCAGUGGAUCAGAUGAGGAUGCACCUAAAAAGAAGUCUAGUAGGUCAGAAGAUAAGGCUCCUGCUAAAAGGAAAAUUGUUGACUCAGAUGAUGAAGCUCCUGCUAAGCGUGCAGUUAGUGACUCGGAUGAUGAACGUCCCAAACCAGCGCACAGCGAUUCUGAAGAGGAUACACCUUCUAAGCGGGCAGCCAAUAAUUCAGAGGAUGAAUUUCCCAGGAUGAAAAGAAAAAUUGUGUCAUCAGACGAUAGUGAUGAUCAAGUGGAAAGGAAAAUGACCAAAAAAAAGAAGAAAAGGGCACAACGCCGAAGUUCAGGCAGUGAUGACAGCGCAAAUGAGAGUGCCAGGAAGAAGGCCACUUCAGACAGUGAAGAAGAAGGAGGCAAAAAAAUUUCAAAAAAGAAAAUUCUUUCUGACAGUGAAGAUGAUGAGGCAAAUGAUAAACCAGCCUCUAAAAAGAGUAGAAUCCUCUCAGAUGGAGAUGACUCUGAUAGUGAUGAGUCUUCCAAGAAAACUCCUCAAAAAAAGAAGGCAGUUUCAUCUGACAGUGAAGAGGAUGGGGCAAAAUCUAAAGACGAACCAAAAAAUGCAGAAAAUAAGCUCUUUGGUAGUGACAGUGAAUCUGGAAAUGAAGAGGAAAAUCUAAUUGCAGACAUUUUUGGAGAGUCUGGGGAUGAAGAAGAGGAGGAGUUUACGGGUUUUAACCAAGAGGAUCUGGAAGGAGAAAAGCCAGCAGCACCCAUGCCAGCUACAAAUGCAGAUGAAGAUUCAGACUCUGAUGUUGAUAUGAAAUCUGGUAAAAUGACUGAUUUCAAAUCAGACUUUGAGAUUAUGUUAGAGAGGAAGAAGAGCAUGAGUGGUAAGAGGCGGAGAAAUCGUGAUGGUGGCACUUUUAUUAGUGAUGCAGAUGAUGUAGUGAAUGCUAUGAUCAUGAAAAUGACUGAAGCUGCAGAGGAGGAUAGAAAUCUUAACUCCAGCAAGAAGCCAGCACUGAAGAAGUUAACACUGCUCCCCAUUGUUGUGAUGCAUCUAAAAAAACAAGAUUUGAAAGAGACAUUUAUUGACAGUGGAGUGAUGUCUGCCAUAAAAGAAUGGCUUUCUCCCCUUCCUGACCGCAGCUUGCCUGCACUAAAGAUCAGAGAGGAGCUGCUCAAGAUACUACAAGAGCUGCCCAGUGUGAGUCAGGAGACUCUAAAACACAGUGGCAUUGGCAGAGCUGUUAUGUACCUAUACAAACACCCUAAAGAGUCCAGACCAAACAAGGAUAUCGCUGGGAAGCUGAUAAAUGAAUGGUCCCGACCUAUUUUUGGGUUGACAUCUAACUACAAGGGGAUGACAAGAGAAGAGCGAGAACAAAGAGAUCUAGAACAGAUGCCACAACGGAGAAGGAUGAGCAGCUCGGGCGGUCAGACACCACGCAGGGACUUAGAAAAAGUUUUGACUGGAGAAGAGAAAGCACUGCGUCCAGGUGACCCAGGUUUUUGUGCCAGGGCUAGAGUUCCUUUGCCCUCUAACAAGGAUUAUGUUGUCCGUCCCAAAUGGAAUGUGGAUAUGGAGUCAUCGCGGGGAAGUGCAAAGAAAGGUGUAAGCCGAUUGGACAAACAAAUGAGGAAGUUCACAGAUAUCCGAAAGAAGAAUAGUUUUGGCCAUGCAGUUAAAAUCAGCAUAGAAGGGAAUAAAAUGCCUUUGUGACACAUGUUACUCUUGCCAAUGUUUGGGACAGAGCUUUUAUUGGACUUGUCCUGUUGCAUUCACAGAAUUGGACUCUAUUGAGCCUUUUGCAAUCGUUUUAAUGUUUUCCCCUGGCCCUGUAAAUGUGGUCUAUGUUCUGCGGGAGACAAGGUUUCUUGCUUUCCACUUUCACACCUCUCUGGAAACAUACUAUGGUCCUUAUUUUUGGAUCGUAUUUAAUGCUGUUUGUACAGAUCAAUAUCUCUUCGUACCUCAGUGUCUGUAUUUCGGACAAUAAAAUUCUAUCUUGGUUUUUAUAAUGCUUUUCUAAGA